UCGUGGCCCGCCUUACUCGGCCUCUGAUUGGCUUACCCCGACCAAUCCCCACUCCUCAUGUCUGCCUAAACCUAACCACGUCUAGUGGAUCCGAUUUAGCAUUUACCAGGCAAACAAACAUGGCAAAUACCGACAGCACCCUGGACAUCUCACCGUCUAUCGCUGGUAUUUUGAAUGAAGAACACUGCCCUGAACACUUACAGGUUUUAAAAACAUUCACGGCUGCGUUACGGGACAAGGAAUACAGAGAUGCUGUGGAGGAAAAGGCGUUCUCCAGUCUUCUAAAUGUAUUGUCCCGACUGUGUGAUGAGCUUCAUGCUGCCAGCUGUGACGAUCAGGACCUGCAGUCUGUCGCCCUGCAGCUGCAGUUGGCCGCUGAGUGCUUUAGGGCUCAGAGGAACUCCUGUGUCCAGAGCACUCGCAACCAGAGUCUGCUCAGGGAGCUUGGUUUCAUUGAUGUAACCCUUAAACUCCUAAGCUUCUUUCAGACCGCACAUCUGGAGAGCAGAGAUGGCAUAUUUGAACCUCUUCGUUGUGGGAUCCAGUUUCUCGGUAACUUAUCGGUUGGAAACCAAAUGUGUAAAGAUGACAUUUGGCAGCUGAGCUUCCCAAAUCUUCUCCUGCAGCUGCUCAGUGUUGAUGAUGAGAAGGUGGUAAACUAUACCUCCAUGGUAAUCCACACAUGUCUGGAUGAAGCCAAAGUGGAAGAACUGUCUGAUCCUCAGAACAUCCAGCUGGCACUCAGGGUGAUGGAGCUCUGUAGGACCCAACCUGACCUGGACUGGACGGUUCUCAUUGCUACCCAGUAUUUCCUCAAGUCUUCAGCUCUGGUGGAGAGCAUGUACUCUGGGAUGUCUCACCAUGAAAGAGUUACUCUAUUAGAGCUGCUCUUUGCCCAGCUACAAGAGGACGACUCUUGUGGCAUCCCUCCCAGUGUUGCUCGCUUCCUGGCCAGUUCCUUCCAGAAAUGUUGUGGAGCUGUGCUGACACUCGCCACUGGCUCAGCUUCCAAUGAUGAGGUCCUGCAGGAGGCACUGACCGUGAUUAGUCUGCUGGACGUGCUGUGUGAGAUGACCUCAGACCACAGGCAGUUCAUGUUUCUUCAGGACCAUCCUGACCUUCUAGUGACCACUGUUGAGCUCCUGGGGCAGGUACAUGCUAUAGGGAAGGCCAGUAAGAAUAUUUUCAGUGCUGCUCAGAACUUCUCCUCCUUCAGUGGAGAUGGAGACGCUUCCUCCCAUUCUCCUGUCAUCAGUUUCAAGGCCCACCUCAUCCGGCUGAUAGGAAACCUCUGUUACAGCAAUACCAACAACCAGAACAAGGUGAGAGAACUGGAAGGCAUCCCCCUCAUCUUGGAUAACUGCAGCAUAGACAGCAACAACCCAUUUAUCAGUCAGUGGGCCAUCUUUACCAUCAGGAACCUCUUAGAACACAACGUGCAGAACCAGGAGCAGGUCAGCGCCCUGGAACGUCGUGGCACCGCGGACUACUCUGCGCUCAAGGAGUUGGGUUUCCUGGUGGAGGAACGAGACGGAGGCUUGCUGCUCAAAACUGUGAGGAAAGGCUGUUGAAAACCUUGGAGGAGCACCCGGAGAGAGGAGGCCCCCAACCCGCAAGCAGGUUUUCAUGCAAAGUAUUUGUUUAGAAAGGAAUGAAGUACAUGUGCACACAUAUACACUUAUGUGAACAUGUGCUCUUGUUGUGCUACAAGCCUCCAUUAAUGUUACCUAAUAGUUAAGCUUCUUCUGCGGGUGAAUUACCUGUCCACUACUAAACAUAUACAUGUUGUGUCUGUCCAGAAUAACUUGACAGCCACACAGCCACUAGAUUAAGAAGAAAAAUGCUUUAGAAUGAUAUAUUUCUAUCAGAGAAGUAUGUUUAAAUUACUUUUUCUACCUGAGUAAUGCUUGCACUCAUGCCCAGAUGGGGCUUAAGAUAUUAUUGAUACACAAAAGGCCCAUGGGGUCCCCCUGGUAAAAAAGCAAAGGUCAAGACAUCAGGAGCUCUUGUUUUGUCUUGACCUGGGUCUAGGAAAUGAAGAGUUUGGGAGAGGCGAGCGCAUGCUGGUACCUUUUGGCAGAGCUGAUGCUUUGUGGUUUAAUCCAAAGACAAAGAGCACCGCAGUGUCUGGGCUUUUCACUUUUCACAGACACUGAUGUUACCAGCAGGGGUUGGGAUUUAAUCCCAGGCCCAUAGUGACUUCUGCAGUAACUGCGAAAAACAGAGAAUGACCAAAACCUGAAGUAAUCAACCCCCUCACCGCCUUACCUACCUAAAUGGUGGUGUCGUUGCCAGGGGGACAUUCAAAUGCUUAAAACAAUUUCUCUAAACUGGCGUGAUAUUAAUAUUAUAAUCUAAGGACAUCUAAGUGCAAAAUGCAAUACUAAAACUAAUAACUGACGCUAUGCAUGUUUUGUAAUUUAAAAACAAUGCUCAGUAUACAGCAUGAGCUUGUCACUAUCUCUUCUUAUUGUAGGCUAUAACAAUAAUAUGUUGAGUUUUAUACUCAACAUAGUGAAUUUCAAAUUAUUCUUAAUGAUCUUUUUUCCAUGUUAUUGCAUAGUACUAUAGAUACAUACUGUAAGAGAUGAGGUCUUAUGGCAUGCAUCAUAGAUCAUUAUCCAUCUUUAAACUCACAACACUAAGUACAUGUUUUAGACCGCUUCUCUUUGCUCUGGGCAAGCUACAUUUGAGUUUUUUACCAGACUGCAUAGAGUUUUUUACCAGACUGCAUAGACUUUCUUAGAGAUUUAGUGUGUGUGUGUGUGUGUGUGUGUGUGUGUGUGUGUGUGUGUGUGUGUGUGUGUGUGUGUGUGUGUGUGUGUGUGUGUGUGUGUGUGUGUGUGUGUUCGUUCAUUUGAUAAGAGAUGGGGAUUCUGGAUCAGUAGACAACGCAUGAGAGCAUACUGAAAGUGUAUGUCCAAAGAGUGAGUGGGAAGCAUUAGUUUGCAAAAUGACAUCCCUCCCUGCUCCUCCCGUUGCUGGAUAAGCUGAACAGUCCUGACACCUCAACAAUGCAGCGCUUUACUGGCCUGCUCGCACCCUGCCCCACCCUGUUUGCUCUGCCUCUGAUUUUUAAUGACAAAAUGUAUUGAAACAAUCGGCUGGACUCUCCACUCAAUCCGCCGGCAUAGUGAAGAGAGCUUAUGUGGUUCCGGUCCCCAGGAUUUCAGACAGCUAACAAAACAGCCGUUACUUGCGCUCGACUGACUGGCUGCAAUGCUUUUCAGCCCCACAGGAAAGAGGCUGUGCGAGUCAGCCGGGCUGAAUGAGGUGGCAUGGCCGCGGCUGCCUGUUCACCUCCUAACACAUUAGUACCACAUCAGUCGAGGCCAGAAGUUCUUGUGUUUCCCAUAUCAGCGUUUUAUACCACAGGCCUCUACUAUAUAGUAUUUGUGCCUUCUGGUUUGAUAUUUGCCUUCAGCAAAAAACAAUUGUCAGGAUGUAAAGUAUGUUUUAUGUUUGGGUCAAAUAAUGUUUAUAUAAUGCUUAAUAAAGUAUUGUGUGUGUGACUAACAGCUUCAUUUUUUUCCUGGUAAUGAUUUUAAUAAGGCCAAUAAAGGCCAGAUGUGACAUAAAACUCAAGAGGCGAUAAAAGGAUGCUCAAAUUUUAUUGGUAAAAAAAGAAAAAAUACAACUGUCCAUGUUUGUAAGUGAUGCAGACCUUAUUAUUGUAUUUGUUCUGUGGUAUUUAUAGGUACAACUAUGCUUUUAGGAAUCAAUGAGUGAUGAGGAUCCUAGUUACUGAAAGAGCCAUGUAGACAACUGGGAACACAGAAAUCUCUUCGAUGUAAAGCUGCAAAACUCGUUGGUUGCUGAUGCUUUCAAUGUGUUAUCUACUCGCAAUUCCAUGAAUUUACUCCAAUACUUAACAGCAGUUUACACAACAUUUCCUGGACUUUCCAACACUUGAUGAAUCAUUCUUGCUUUUAUGAGCUACGUUGAAUUGUGAACGAGAUGAACAAUCUGGACUACUUUGAUAAAACACGUGGAGUAUUUACAAUUUGGCUUUGAUCAAAAACAUAAAUUCCAAAUAAUUUAUAGUUCUCAAAUCUGAAUACAAUGACAUUAGAAAACACUUGUAAAUAGUGACUUUCUUUUCCAUCUAUAAAUGACAUAAAGUGCCAUGUUCCUCAUAUAAAAAUAUACUCUUCAAAUUGUUUUGUAAGUUAUAUAAAGCCUAAAUAAACAUUUCUGAAUACA